GCUGUGGUUCCAUCAAUCCCAGAGGCCAGGACUACAGAGGUGAUGGAAACUUUUAGUGUUGAAUUAAAAAUAUUACUCAGAAACUCUGUGAUCUCUCCAGAUGGACCAUGUGCUCACAACCCAAGCUGAAUCCAUGGAAAGGAUGAGCAAUGUAACAGAAUUCAUUUUGCUGGGCUUGACCCAGAAUCCAGAACUGCAGAAAUUCUUAUUUGCUGUGUUGUUAAUCACCUACUUGAUCACACUGGCAGGUAACCUGCUCAUCUCCGUCACCAUCUUCAUCAGCCCAGCCCUGGGUUCUCCCAUGUACUUUUUCCUGUCCUACUUGUCUAUUAUAGAUGGUUUCUACUCUUCUUCCAUAACACCCAAAAUGAUCUAUGACCUGAUCUCUGAGAAGAACACCAUCUCCUUCAAUGGCUGCAUGACUCAGCUCUUUGCAGAACAUUUCUUCGCUGGAGCUGAGAUCGUCUUGUUAAUUGUCAUGGCCUAUGACCGCUAUGUAGCCAUCUGUAAGCCCUUGCAUUACAUGACCAUCAUGAGACGACCUGUCUGUCGUUUCUUCGUGGCAAUGGCUGGGAUUUUAGGCUUUCUUCAUGGAGGAAUCCAGAUUUUGUUCAUGGUCCAGUUACCGUUCUGUGGCCCCAAUGUUAUUGACCAUUUUAUGUGUGAUUUAAUACCUCUCCUGGAGCUAGCCUGUACAGACACUCGCACUUUGGGGCCCCUGAUUGCUGCCAACAGUGGAUCGCUGUGUUCGCUCAUUUUUUCUAUGCUGGUUGCUUCUUAUGUUGUCAUCCUGCACUCACUGAGGACUCAUAGCUCUGAAGGGCGUCGCAAAGCCCUGUCUACCUGUGCCUCUCAUGUCACCGUUGUCAUCUUAUUCUUUGUACCUUGUUCCUUCCUGUACCUGAGACCCGUGACCUCCUUCCCCUCUGACAAAGCUGUGACUGUGUUUUGUACGAUAGUCUCUCCCAUGCUGAACCCUUUAAUCUACACCCUCAGAAAUGCAGAAGUGAAAAAUGUCAUGAAGAAACUCUGGGGGCAAACAAUGAAAAACAGUGAUAAAUGAAGUUUGUGAUUAGUCUUUACCUAAAAAUAUCUAGUGGUGAUUUAUAGACAUUUAUUCCCUUCUUAAAUAAAUAGAGAUUUCUUUCCCUGAUCAAACUCGGGGCAGUCAAUUUUGCUGCCUGGAUCAGAUUUCUUCAGGAGCACGUA